AUGUCCGCAGUUGACCCGAAAGCCAUCUACGUUGACGAAAAUGGCGACUUCUCCAUACGAGAUGACAUCCUUCAUAAGGUGACCGCUCCUAACGAUGUGCACAUCGAAGUUAUCUACUCCGGCGUCAACCCAGCAGACACCAAACAUGCUCAUCUUGGCAUCCGCUCAACAGUCAUCGGAUACGACUUCUGCGGCCGUGUCCUCUCAGUGCCGUCAGGAUCCAAGCUCACCAAAGGAGACAUAGUUGCAGGAUACACGCCUUCUGGAAUGGGACGGCCGAGCAGAUAUGGAACCCACCAGGCGCAUUGCUAUUGUCCGGAAGACAUGAUCUUCAGCGUGCCUUCGCAUCUUCCACAGAGUCAUGCAGCAGCUAUUACAGUGGUGGCAAUGACUGCUGCGGACACGGUCUUCAACAUCUUCAAGUUGCCUUUGCCUACUUCGCCAGCCGUUCAUAACUGUCCGAUCGUUAUUUGGGGCGCCUCUUCCAGCGUAGGCAUCUGCGCAUUACAGUUCCUGAAGGCUAGUGGUUGCCAAAACAUACUCGUCACCGCAUCACUAGGCCGCCAUGAACUGCUCAAAAGCCUCGGCGCAACACAUACUUUUGAUUACAAUUCAUUAACCGUUGAAGCCGAUAUUGCUGCGGCGGUCCAGGCUCUUGGUCAAGGCUCCGUAAGCCAUGCGCUUGAUGCUGCUGGUACAUUCACCCAACCUUCUUCGGCAGAUAUGCUCGCACGCGCCAUGAAUAGCCCAGGAGCUAUACUUGCAAGCGUCACUAAAUUCCAUGGUGGAUUUCAAAUGCCCUUGGCCACGACCAAAGACGAGUGGCGCUUCCUUCCACCGGGUGCGCCGGAACCCAUCAGUAUUCCUGGUAAUCCAGAAAGGCAUUGGAAUGCGUGGACGGCUCUGGAAUGGGCCAUUAAGCAGUACAAUACUCGAUUUAUGCUUCCAUCAGUGGAGAUUUUGGAUAGCACCCCCGAGGCAGCUCUGGACGAAAUCAUCAAAGUCGGGAAUUCAGGGCGAGGUAUUUGGGAAACUAGUUGUUCUCGCCAGCCCAUGAAACAAAUGACGGUCAAUUAUCGUCUCUUGGUACUGCCACAUGUACGGUUUCGUAGCCCCAUCUUUGGAUGCGAGAGCAGGUAG